CAAGUACCUACAGGCCAGUGUACGGAAAUGGAGAUUGUAUAGCUCCUGCUCCUGCUUGCCGUUUGUUCGGUGCAAUUCCAUCAUCGAAACCGACUCCACUACUGCCAUUGUGAAGAUUACACCUUCUACUCUACUCCAACUCUCUUCUCUUCCCUUUUCUCUCUUUCUUUGUAAACAACCUCUAUCAAAUCACUUCUUGUACAUCCAUCAUCUUCCGUACAAACUCAAUCAAACCGUCAAAAUGGUCAAAGCAGUUGCCGUCCUCCGAGGAGACUCCAAGGUUACCGGACAAGUGACCUUCGAGCAAACCUCCGAGUCAUCCCCCACCACCAUCACCUGGGACAUCUCUGGCCACGACGCCAAUGCCGAGCGGGGCAUGCACAUUCAUCAAUUCGGUGACAACACCAACGGCUGCACCAGCGCUGGCCCUCACUACAACCCCCAUGGCAAGACCCACGGUGCCCCGACCGACGAGGUCCGCCAUGUUGGUGACCUCGGCAACUUCAAGACCGAUGGUCAAGGAAACGCCAAGGGCAACCACAGCGACAGCUUCAUCAAGCUCAUUGGCGAGCACAGCGUUCUCGGACGAACCAUCGUCGUCCACGCCGGUACUGAUGACCUCGGAAAGGGCGGGAACGAGGAGUCCAAGAAGACCGGCAACGCUGGCCCUCGACCUGCCUGCGGUGUCAUCGGCAUUGCCGCAUAAAUAUGAAAUUUUAUGAUCAAAACCAAGGAUUCAGGUACAUAAUGUCUGAGGAUGUUGUAAGCACAGUACCUGAAACGUGGGGGCUACCGAUAGCCUUGCGCGAAGAACAAGAACCUCAAUGUGUUGCAUGGAGACACCGGACAUAUGCUCGUGGGUUAUUGGGGCAUGAUGAGAUGAUAAGACUAGCAAUAAAUACCAAAAAGCUCAUCUAACCAACCGUACUC